CACAUACACACACACAAACGGAGAGAGAGAGAGAGACAGUGUGUGUGUUGCACAGAACAGAACACUUGCCGAGGGAACCUUUUGCUUUUUAUUGCUCUCUCUCUCUGUCUCUAUCUCUUAGUUUUACUCUCUUUAUUUUAAUCUUUUUCAGAAAAUCGUGCUGUCUUUUCUCUCUCUCUCUCAUAUACUGUGUUCUCUAUUGAGAAAGAGAAACACUUAUUAUAUGCAGAGAGAGAGAGAGAGAGAGAGAGAGAGAGAGCAGAGAAGCAUGAAAAAUAUGUGGGGAUGAAGUGAAAAAGUGAAGAAAUAAUGGGUAUAUAAAUGACGGCUGAGCAGCACACUAUGCCCAACAACAAUGCCAUUGCUAAUACCAACACUACAAUCCAAAACCAAAACCAAACCCAAACCCAACAACAACAUCAACAAGAAUUAGUAUUGGCUAAUACUGAUACUAAUAAGCACCCAAUGUUCCAUGACUUUCUGGGCAUGAAAAAGCCCACCGAUUCCCAAGUGGGUUUUCCCCACAAAGCCACGGCGGCCGCCGACUCUCCUCAGGCCUCGGCUUCUCUUGGUGCUUCCUCCGGUGGUCCCCGUGGACCCAUCUCCACCACCUCUGAUCUGGGUUCCGUAGAAAGACAGGUUGUAAAGGGGAUUCCUUUAUAUAGUACAAGGAGUGAUAAUUCUGGGCCUGAGAUGAGUAACAGGAUAGCAGGAAGUAAGCGAAGUAAUCAUGAUUCUGCUUUUAUGGCUUCAUCCAGAGAUGGGGUUUUUAACUUGGAUCAUGAUUCCAUCGAGAACUCUCAUUUGAUGAAGUUACUCCGAAAUGGUGCUGGGGGAGAGCGACAUAGAAGGUCCAAUGAUGAUGAAAUGUUCUUUGGUAUGCAUCCACUAAGGCCAAGUUCUACUUCUCUUGCGUUUCAGCCUCCCACCAGCAGUAGGAUUGAUGGUAAUGUUUCCAAGUGGGAACGGCCUAUUUCUAUGAAUGUUGGCUCCGCAGUACAGUACCCUCCACGUGGGGGUCAAUUUGCACCUAUCCUGCAUCAGGUACCUUCAAACAGAUUCAGGGAUGCCAAUGCCGGUCCUUCAACUAUCUCUCAAUCAGCGGCUGAUGAGGGAUCUAGAACUGGAAUUAAAGGCCCUGGAAUUUUGAGUUCCAUCAAUGCCUCUGGUGGCGCCUCUGAGAGAAACUCAUCUGGCAUGCAGCCAAUUGGCAACAGACAGAAGUCUGGGACUAAUGUUUUAGAGCCAGAAUCUUCUGCUCCUCCUAGUAGACUUGGCUUAACAUCUCCUAGUCGUCAGAUGACUAUAUUUUAUGGCGGCCAAGCUCAUGUUUUUGACGAUGUCCAUCCCAACAAGGCAGACAUUAUAAUGGCCUUAGCUGGAUCAAAUGGAGGAUCUUGGUCAACAACCUACUCACCCAAAUCUACUGUGAGGCCAACUGGUGAAAGUAGCAUGCCUGGUGGAGACAGUGAAACAGGUAUGGCAAAUAAUAUGGCAGUUUCACAGGAAUUUCGGAGGUUAUCUGCCGCCGGGAUUUCUAAUCAUGGAGUUGGCUCUGGUGAUCGGAUAUCAACGCCAUCAGGGGGACAUCAAGGCAGUAUUGUAGUAAAAGAUCCAAGCAACCCCGUUCAAGCAGCAGAACUCAAUCCUGAAGCAAAAAGAGAGCCAUGACUUUUAAGCCUUGAAUAGGUGUUAGUUAUUUCAAAAUCGACAUACAUGUUUUAGGGUAAAUGAGCUUUUUCUUCCUCUAAUAUCUUUCGGGGUUUCGCAAUUUUCUAUUUGAUGGUGAGAUGGAGCUUUCCUUGUUUGUAGAGACCCAAUAGAACUAUCAGAUUCAUAGUCAGAUACAGCAUUUUUCCAAUCCAUAAUAUGCUUUUAUUUUUAUGCCU